AUGGUGAGGACAAAAAAGAAUGCCGUAAAUCAUAACCCAUUAAACAUAAUUAAUUUGGAUGGGAAUCUACCUAUAAAUAAUAUUGCACAAAAUAGAUUAUCACAUAAACAAAUUAUUUCUAAAACGAAUAGAACUAUAAAUGAAGGAAACUUAAAUGAAGUUUCACAAAAAGGUUUAAAGAAAGCACGUAUUAGACGACCACAUAGAUAUAGACCAGGUGUUUUAGCUUUAAAAGAAAUAAGAGCUUACCAAAGUACUACACAAUUAUUAAUUCCAAAAAUACCAUUCGUAAGAGUAGUAAAAGAAAUUACUCGUUUGUUUGAAUUACCAGGUGAUCAGUUUCGUUAUACUCCUGAGGCCUUGUUAGCUCUUCAAACAGCGUCAGAAGCUUAUUUAGUUAGUUUAUUUGAAGAUGCAUAUUUAUGUUCUCUUCACGCAAAUAGAGUUACCCUUAUGCCAAAAGACAUACACUUAGCUAGAAGAAUACGAGGACGAGACUGA